CAUCCUGUCCACUAUCUUUAUACGGAUGCCAACAAUGCAGGAGAGGUCCAUGCGAGGCUUCCUGUUAGAAGGCGUUGGCAUUCUUGCCAUGUUUCACCUAGAGGCAGUGAUCACCAGCCUCCUUGCCAAGCCUCUGCCAAUGGACAGUUGCAGUGACACCUCUGAGCUCUGGAGGGCCUUGGGGAGGGAUGAUGUCUCCACCCUCCACAUACUCCGUUUGCUUCUGGAGAAGAUCCACUAUCCAGCUGGCACAGAGGGUAGCCCAUCUGAGGGCACUGCAGCCCUGGGACCUCUCGCAGCAACAUGUGCAUCUCUGGAGAUGCUGACUACCAUGCACUCCAGCUCAGUCCUGAGGGAGCUACUCCCCGAGCUCCUGUGUGCUCUUCUAGAGCAAGUUGGCCACACCGUGGGGCAGGACAUGCCGAUGCCCACAGCAAGCAUCCGGCGGAGGCAGCUGCAAAAGGGGCAGGUGUGCACAGUGGGCAACCCUUGCAGGCUUUCUAUGGAGACCCUGGCCUGCGCUAUAUCAAAGGGCCUGGGGGAGAGAGUGGCUGCAGACCUUUCCAAAGCAGGAACCUGGCCACUACUUGAGAGCCCUCAGACACACCACGAGGGGGUGUGCCAGCUGGCCAGGACUCUUCUCCCACUGGGAAUAAUAACGCCCCAAUUUAUAGGGCAGGUCUUGAAGUGGGCCAGUUCCCCAACGGAAAAUCUCCGUGUGACUGGUACGGCCUUCAUCAGCCAGCUUAUGUGUGACCCAGUCCUUGAAGAUCAAAAGCUCCUGAAGGCAGUCCUUUCUUUACUUCAGCAGUGAGCCAGGGACACAAAUAACCUUGUCCAACAAAUGGCAGCCAGAGGACUAGGCAACAUCGUGUACGGUGCCCCUGAGCAGUUAAAAACCCACCAGAAGGCCGUCGUGGAGACCCUGUUCCAGGCAUCAUUUGUUCCUGCCAGGCCUGAGAUCAGGGAGGAGGGCACGCGGGCACUCACCCGCGUCUUUAAACAUCUGGGGACGGAUGCGGGGCCCCUGGUUGAGGAUGCAGCUAUGCACAUCAGGCCCUUUUUUAACCAUGACAACGACGGUCUUCGCGCCGUGGCUUUCUCCCUCUUCGGCGCCCUGGCAGGCUGCAUGAAAAGAAGGCAAGCCUUUUAUAAAAUCCAGGUGAGGCAGAGCCUGGGAACACUCCUGCUUCACCUGGAGGACCCCAACCCGCAGGUGGCCAAGGAGUGCAGAACAACGCUGGGCCUGUGCUGCCCUUACCUGGGCUUAAGGAGGGUCCAGGCAGCCCUGGCCUUCCAUACCCAGGGGUCAGAGCAGGGGAAGCAGGAACAGCUGCUGAGGGAUGUCUGCAGGCAUUUGGCCAGAGAAAAACCUGCUCUUUUGGAGGGUCUCUGCCAGGCAGCCCAGGGACACUACUCAAGCCCGUGGCCAGAAAUUCAGAUGGCAGCCAUCCAAUUUACAGGUAUCCUUCUGGAGUAUGCUGCCCCCAGGAGUGCCGGACAGAUAAAGGUUGCACGCCUGCUGAGCUCUCUGCAAACUCUGGGACAGGACACCUCCCAGGAGGUCCAAGAUGUGGCCACUCAGGUUGCAGAGGCUAUUUCUAAAAGCCCUUGGGGCAGCAUAUUGCAAGAAGAGGAAAACCAUGGGCAUACCCUUCCCUAUAUCACUUCAUUGCUCUGUUUUGGGUGCCUAAGGCCCCGCUCCAUUUAAAAGCAAGCUCCUAAAUUUGUAUAUGUUCAAUAAUAAAUUA